AAGGGGGUAGGUAGACGCAAACACCUUCAGCAUCUUUUCCAAGGCGCGCUUUUAAUGUGGAGUCACAGCCUUAUGGCGAGACGAGGGGACGGGGGAGCAGUCCAGCGCCUGCACGGAGCUUUACACUAAUAUGGGAUUUCACAGCCGGGACGUGGGAGGCGAUGUGAACCUCCGAACACUUCUCUGACCCUCUUAAAGUGGAGCACUGAUCAGAAGGGGCUGAACUCAGACCGUCUCUGCAGGGUUUCUACACUUUUUUUCCCUCUCCCCUCACUUGACUGGACUUGCAUACAAAGAUGCCAAUCUUGGAGAAAAAGACCAGAGACCGAGACAACCAAGUGUUGCCAAAGGUCCCUGUGCCCCCUCUGAAACAAACCCUCGACAUGUACUUGAAGUGCGCCCAACACCUGACGAAAGAGGAGAAGUUUAAGAAAACAAAGGCCAUCGUGGAGAAGUUUGCAGCUCCUGGAGGUGUCGGAGAGGUUCUCCAGAAGAAGCUUUUGGAGAGGAGGGAGAAGACUACCAACUGGGUGUAUGACUACUGGCUAGAGGACAUGUACUUAAACAACAGGUUAGCACUACCGGUCAACUCCAGUCCUGUCAUGGUGUUUCCGAAGCAGACGUUCAGAGAUCAUAAAGAUGCCCUCAGAUUUGCUGCUCGUCUCAUCAGAGGAGUGUUGGACUAUAAAGCUCUCAUUGAUGCGCGAGCACUGCCAGUGGAUUUUACUCGAGGCCAGCAAGCUGGGGCUCCUAUGUGCAUGGAGCAGUACUACCGCCUCUUCAGCUCCUAUCGCUACCCGGGCCUAAAGACAGACACGCUGAAAGUCCACAUGAACGCAGCCUCCUCAGGGCCGGAGCACAUCAUCGUGGUGUGCAAGAACCAGUUUUUCGUGUUGGAUAUAAUCGCAAACAGCAAGCAACUCAAUGAGACGGAGAUCUUAUCCCAACUGGAGAAAAUCAAGAAAAUGUCAGAAAACGCAGAAGAGAGACUCCCUCCUGUUGGUAUCUUGACAUCUGACGGGAGAACAGAAUGGGCACAAGCCAGAGAUGCACUAAUAAAAGAUCAAACCAACAGGGACUCUCUGGCUCUGAUUGAGAGCUGCAUGUGCGUGCUGUGUCUGGAUGAGCCCAGUGGUCUGGAGGCUAGGGAUACCACCAGGGCCUUGCUAAUGCUGCAUGGUGGUGGCCGUGAGAAGAAUGGGGCAAACCGUUGGUAUGAUAAGUCGAUGCAGUUUGUUGUAGGAAUGGACGGGGUAUGUGGAGUCGUGUGUGAGCACUCGCCAUUCGAGGGAAUAGUUCUGGUGCAGUGCUCUGAAUACGUGAUGAAAUACAUAAUAGGGAGUCCCUCCAAGAUGGCGACAGCGUCCAGCGUCAGAGAACUUCCGCCUCCAAGAAGGCUGCUCUGGAAAUGUAACCCACACAUUCAGGGACUGUUAGCAGCAUCUGGUGACCGACUGGAGAGGCUGGUGAAUAAUCUUGACAUGGAUGUUUUCAAGUUCAAGGUUUAUGGGAAAGAAUUCAUCAAAAAACAGAAGAUGAGUCCAGAUGCGUUCAUACAAGUUGCCUUACAGCUCGCAUUUUACAAGUGCAGUGGAAGGCUCGUGUCCACUUACGAGAGCGCUUCUCUUCGGCGUUUCCAAGAAGGUCGGGUUGAUAACAUACGCUCUGCCACCCCUGAGGCCCUGGCCUUUGUGAAGUCCAUGACAGAUGAGAGGGCCACUUACACCGAUGCAGAAAAAAUGAAACGAUUGAUGGAUGCAAUUAAUGCCCAGACAAAUAAUACAGUCGCAGCUAUUACAGGAAUGGCAAUAGACAAUCAUCUCCUCGGACUCCUGAAGAUCGCAAAGGAGCUCAACAUGGAGAAACCAGAGAUCUUCUGUGAUGAGACGUACCUGGCCAGUAACCAGUUCAUCCUUUCUACCAGUCAGGUCCCUACAACAGUGGAAAUGUUUUGCUGCUACGGCCCGGUGGUGCCCAACGGCUACGGCGCCUGUUACAACCCGCAGUCAGACCACAUCAUCUUCUGUGUGUCUAGUUUCUGGGAGAACACAGAGACGAGUUCGGCCGUCUUCGUCAAAGUCCUGAACGACGGACUCGUGGAAAUCAGGGACCUGUGCAAUAGAAGCAGCGCCACGGCUACCAAAUUGGCUGACGUUAGCCAGGGAGCCAGCAAACCUCAUAAAUCAGGGAAGUAAAGCCACACAGCGUGUAGCUGAGUGGCCUUAAUGUGUGUCUAUGUUGUCUGUGCAAUAGUGUUCCUUCAACAACAAAAUG